AUGGAUAGACAAUUUAAAGGGUUUGAACCUAUACACACUGUUUUUUAUUCGAAUUUUCAUCCUACCGAGGGUUCGAAAGUGUGCUAUCAAUUCCCACCAAAUAAUCUUCAAAACUAUAAUAUUAACUUCAAUUCAGUGAAGAACUACAUUAUACCGAAACUUCAAUUAUGUCAUAAAUUAUUGACCAUGAAAUAUGAAAACUACAGGAUCGUAUCUUAUCCCGUUACGGUCAAUUCACAAUCGUAUGCAAGAAACUUCUUCAGUUUUAAUUUUGUAUUUAUAUUUCCUUACGACUGUGAAACAUCACCAUAUGAACCAGCUAUUGCAAGAUUAGCAAAGAUGUUUCGUGUAUUAGAAGAACAGAAUCAAAUAUUAUCACUAGCAGAAAACGAUCCUGUAUUUUUUAAGGAUCCCUCUACUUUAUCAAAUAAACCGGAUUCAAGUUUUUCGAUCCAAGAUCUUAUAAUGAGAAUUUAUCAAGAUCUUAAUAGUUAUUCUGAAUGUUUAAUCCCAAUCAAUGAUGCAAAUACUGUGGAUAUUAAAUUAUUUCCUUUAGUACCACCUCCAACUGCGAUUCAAUUAUCUGUAGAUGCAGUUCCAAUUUCAGUGGUAAAUAUGAACAAAGUAAUAGAUUUAAAUUGGGAUCCAACAAUGCUUAACAUUCUACCUUUUAUUAAUGGACUUAAUAGUAUUUCAAACAUUUCAAAAUUAAGUGAUAGUGACUCAAAUUUAGUAAUCGAAUGCAUCAGACAUCUUAUCUAUUAUAAAUGUGUCAUUAUAACAGAUAUUUUUCAGUUUUCAAAUAUAUAUGCACCCACAAAUUUAAUUACUACUUUCUUAUCUGAUCCCAAACUAUCCUAUGAUUGCCAAUUAUAUGUAACACUACCAAAAAAUGCAGAUAUACUGAAGUUACCAUUUAAUGAGUUACCCAUUUCGAAUAGUAACAGUAACCUAACCUCCGCAACAAAUCUGGCAAGAGGAGGUACACCGUCUCAUAAAAAGACAAGUUCCAUGUCAUCUCAAAAUUCAACGGCCAAUAGGCUACUUAUGUCCCCUGCACGAUCAUCCAUAACGUCGUCCUCAAUCUCAUCAUUAUAUCCAAAUAGAAAACAUUCUGAGAGCUCUUUAUCUAGUGAUGGACAAUUUUUUAGAUCAUCUGAUAAAUAUAAUUAUUUACCUACAAGGUCUACAUUAUUUGAUCUAUAUAGAUCAUUAAACCAUGCGAUCACAAUACAGACAUGGUAUGAAAGAAACUAUGACAUAAUUAAUACUAAUAAUAUAGAUAUUAGAAGAUUGAUUAAAUUCGGAAUCACAAAAAGAUUGAUAUAUAGGGUGUACUCUUAUCCUAUAAUGUCGGACAACAAAAUGAAAGAUAAAACAACUUUGAAGAAAGGCAAUAAAGACAAUAAAAACGAUUUCCUCCUGUCCACCUCAGAUAUUAAAUUCGAUGUUGGAGACAAGUUGUUGAAUUCAAUUUAUAAAAAAUUAUCGAAGGUAUCAUUUGAUAGUGCUACUCCUUCUCACGAUAUGCUAGGGAGUACAACAAGUGUAAAUAGAACGAAAAUAAAAGGCAAGUGUACUCUAGGUGACGCAGAAAGACAAUUGCUUAUAGAAGCACUGGAUAACUUUGAGUCAUUUGAUAAAAUAUGUGUUAGGCUAGGGAAACCUAGAGCUGAAGUUGAAUUGUUGCUUCGUGAGAUUGGCCAAUACAAAAUAAUAAAUAUUUAA